UCGGCGGGCCUGGAUAACGGGCGGGCGGAGUCCCCAGCCUAGUCCCAGAACGCUGUGCAAUUCGGGCCGGUCGCUACUUUCUGUGGGCUACAGACCCCUCAACUGUCAGGGCCCGAAGCAGCUGCUGUCAUGGACGACAUUUUCACCCAGUGCCGGGAGGGUAAUGCUGUGGCUGUGCGUUUGUGGCUGGACAACACAGAAAACGACUUGAACCAGGGGGAUGACCAUGGUUUCUCUCCAUUGCACUGGGCCUGCCGAGAAGGCCGCUCAGCUGUGGUUGAAAUGCUGAUCAUGAGAGGAGCCCGAAUCAACGUAAUGAACAGGGGUGAUGAUACCCCACUCCACUUGGCAGCCAGCCAUGGGCACCGGGACAUUGUGCAAAAAUUGCUUCAAUACAAGGCUGACAUAAAUGCAGUGAACGAGCAUGGGAAUGUGCCCCUUCAUUAUGCCUGCUUCUGGGGCCAGGACCAAGUGGCAGAGGAUCUUGUUGCUGGUGGAGCACUAAUCAGCAUUUGUAACAAGUAUGGAGAAAUGCCAGUGGACAAGGCUAAAGCCCCACUUCGAGAGAGCCUCCGAGAACGGGCUGAGAAGCUGGGCCAGCCAAUGGGCCGGAUCCCAUACAAAGACACAUUCUGGAAAGGAACAACACGCACUCGACCUCGGAACGGCACCCUGAAUAAACACUCAGGCAUCGACUUCAAGCAGCUCAACCUGAUGGUGAAACUCAACGAGAACCAGUCAGGAGAGCUGUGGAAGGGUCGGUGGCAGGGGAAUGAUAUCGUCAUCAAGAUGUUGAAGAUCCGUGACUGGAGUACAAGAAAGAGCAGAGACUUUAAUGAGGAGUAUCCUAAACUGAGGAUCUUUUCACACCCCAAUGUGCUGCCUGUGUUGGGAGCCUGUCAGGCACCCCCUGCCCCUCAUCCUGUUCUCAUCACCCACUGGAUGCCUUAUGGCUCCUUGUACAACGUGCUUCAUGAAGGGACCAAUUUUGUUGUUGAUCAGACCCAGGCAGUUAAGUUUGCUCUGGACAUGGCAAGGGGCAUGGCCUUCCUGCACACACUGGAGCCCCUCAUACCCCGGCAUGCCCUCAACAGCCGAAGUGUCAUGAUUGACGAGGAUAUGACUGCCCGUAUCAGCAUGGCUGAUGUGAAAUUCUCCUUUCAGUGUCCAGGGCGCAUGUAUGCCCCUGCCUGGGUGGCUCCUGAGGCCUUGCAGAAGAAGCCCGAGGAGAUUAAUCGUCGUUCUGCAGACAUGUGGAGUUUUGCCGUGUUGUUAUGGGAACUGGUGACAAGGGAAGUACCAUUUGCUGACCUCUCCAACAUGGAAAUUGGCAUGAAGGUUGCUCUGGAAGGUCUCCGACCCACCAUUCCUCCAGGUAUCUCCCCACAUGUGUGUAAACUCAUGAAGAUCUGCAUGAAUGAGGACCCAGCCAAGAGGCCCAAGUUUGAUAUGAUUGUGCCCAUCCUGGAAAAGAUGCAGGACAAAUAAGAGCCUUAUGGGGGGAAAGGGGUACAUCUAUACCCCCUUCCUAGCAGCAGAACCCAGGGCCCUUCCCUCUCCUGGCAACGGUACAGCCACCUCAGCUCCCCCUCACCCCCCAGCUUUAGGGGCUACCUUCCCACCCCCCCAUCUGCCAAUCUUGGAGGAGUGGGGGUAGGCUCAGCUUUGUUUCACACCAUGCCAAGCCCCACUUCUCAGUGUCUCCCCAAUGUGGGAAGAGCAGCCACCUGCCUCAGUCACAAUAAAGGUUUAUUAUGAAAA